UGAAAUACUGAGAGUGGUUGCUCAGUUUGAGAUUUUGCCUUUGGAUCUAAAUUUUCAGUGCUAUUUCGACAAUUCGUUUCGUUUUGAGGACCAGUAGGAUACUGAGGAGCUAUAACUUAGACUAGGGACCACAGGAUUCCAGAAUUUUAAAUACUAUCUUGACUUAUUUGACUUGAGAUUUAACCCGUGACGAUGGAGGACCAUUUUGACUCACUGUUAGACUUCGGUGAUAGCACAGGCACCUCCACGACAAAUGGCACAGCCACCCAUGACCCCAAUGACCCAUUCUCAUCACCAACCAAACCCGUAAGUGAUGGAGCCCUGUUGGACUUUUCGUUUGAUCCUUUCGCACAGGAUGUUAAUGGUACUAGCAAGUCACAUGACCAAAACACCAACCCCUUCGGUGACGAUCCCUUUGGACUAAAUUCAGCGCCAAAUUCCAACUUCGAAGACGGAGGAUUCCAGUCUGGAGAUCUGCUCGGUGGAAGCCUAGAAGCUGAAUUUGCGGCAAGCAUUUCCACUAUAAAAACUGCGGAGACAACAGAGGUUGAAUUUGCUCAAGAGGAAAAUAAUCACGGUGAGGAAAUUCCUGAAUCAAAUGAUUUGUUAGCGUCACAAACAAAUAACGUGCAAGAGUUAGAGUCGCCUGUGACACCAGGUACCGAGGAACCCUCUGAAGGAUUUAGUGAGGAAGCCGGGGAUUAUCGUGAGGAGCAGUACGAGGACUUACGUAACGAAUAUAAGGAGGAGCAGUUUGAGGAGUAUAGGACUGAGCCGCAGGAAACAAACCAGGAGGAUUAUCGGCAGGAGGAGUUGAGUCCGGAACCGCAACAGGAGUACCAGGAACCUGAACAGAGUUAUCAGGAACCUGAGCAAGAAUACCGUGAGCCAGAGCAAGAAUACCGUGAGCCAGAGCAAGAGCACCGUGAGCCAGAGCAAGAGUACCGCGAGCCAGAGCAAGAAUAUCACGAGCGAGAACAAGAGUACCAGGAGCCUGAACCGGAGUAUCGUGAGGAACAACAAUCGCCUGUGGAUUACCACCAAGAGCAGGAAGCGCAACUGCAGCAGGACUAUCGUGAAGAACACGAAGUUGAGCACGUGGAUUACCAGGAAAACGCACACCAGGAAUACGCCAAGGAGUCACGGGAUCACUUUGAGCAACAACAGGAUUACGAACCAGAGGAACCUGAGCAAGAACCGUAUUCCCCAGUCCGCGACGAGGAUAACUUUCUUGGACAAAUCGAAGAAAUUGAAAGAAUGGCAACGCAAGCGAGUACUCCUGAAUCCCCCAUGUCACCUGUACAUGAAGUCUCUACACCAUCUAGCGAGGGUGAAGUUGUAACAGAGCAGGUGGCGACACGUGUAACAGAGGAUGGUGACACGAGGACCAUUGUCACGGAGACGGUCAAGGAGGUCCACGAGGGCGGGAAGACCAUCAUCCAAACGGAGGUGGUGACUGAAACACAUACGGAGAAUACCAUCAUUGGAAAUGAUGAACAGGACACAUUCAUAGAUUAUUCCUCACCACGCCAGAGUCCCGCUCACAACUCACGUUUUGGUCAGCAACCCCGCUUUCCAUCAACACGGCCAUUUGUAGGCGCCACAUACACUGAUGAGAUCAGUCCUGUUUUGGACGUGAGAUUUGCAGCGCCGCCUGGGCAGAAAAAGCCUCGACUCUCUCUGACAAUUAAAGAUGCGAAUGCUCCAUCGAAAACAGAUCAAAAGAAGUCUUCCUCACCUGCACAAAAGGGGGCAGCAGUGAAGCCCCCAAAAGUAGGUCCAAAAUCACCGCAAGCUUCAAAUUCACCUGGUCCUCCAAAAAUGAUCCCAAAAAAGGCAAAAGAUGCUCCACCAAAAGCCACUACACAACGAUCCACAGUCAUACCGAGGUCACAAUCGGCACCGCCUUCAAAAACUGAUGGCAGCGCCAAGGGACAGCUGCGCUCAACGAACAGACCAGUGUCUAGAGGGCCAAGCACUAGCCCUGCUAGGCGAGCCAGCCCGAGUCCACUGUCCCGCCCUUCAUCAGCUCCUCCCGUCCAGAAACCACGUGCAUCGAAACCAGGACCAAAGAAUAUGGCCACCGUCCGGCCAUCUGGCAAGCCCAUACCAAUAGAGGAGCGGCCAGCUUGGAAACCUGCAGGCGUAACAGAACCUGAUAAAGAAAGGCAACCCUUCAUUCCCCCAAAUUAUAUUCUAAAUCGUCCUCUUCGACCUGGACAACAGUUAGCUAAAUCUACACCAAAUUUGCAGUAUGAAAACGAAAGUCUGUUAAGUAAGUCCACGUCAAUGCCAAAUGACAUUCAUACUGCCCAUCAAAUGAAGAGUUCAGGCAUAUCAAAUGCGUCUUCUGUUGCUUCCAUUCCACACUCCUACCGGCAUCCGGAUGAGUCUCUGCCAGAGCAGGAUUAUGUGACUAUGUCACCUGUAAUGUCACCUCUACCGCCAUAUGCCGUUGAUCCUCAAACCUGUUAUGGGACGGAAUAUAAAGAACAGUAUUUCAGCAAAAAAUCUCGAAGUACCCCUGGUACACGGCAUGGAUCUGUGCCUCCAUAUGCUAUGGAUAGCUACGACCCCUUUUCAGACGAGAGGCCACACUAUGCAACUGUAAAUGAUUCUUGGGAUGGGAAUCGUGUGACAAGCCCAGCUUCUUCAGGGCCUCCUUUCGCUGUUAAUCCAAAUGAGGAAUCAUCAAAAACAAAGCGGCAAAAAUUGCCAACAGGAUCUUGUACUCCUACUGAACCUGCCGGACUACGGACACCACAGAGUGAAGCACCUGAAGAUUGGUUUCAGACUCAUGUGGGACAAGAAUCUCCGGAACAGGUUACACCUCCAGUAAAUUCCGUACAUGCAGGUGUGUCUUCCAAUCCCAUUCAAACACCUGGAGAGUGGGCAGAGCCGAAUCCAGAUUGGCACCAAACGCCGGAAGACCGGGCUCCAAGUAAAGUUCAAACACAUAUGGGACCUGCUGGGAAGCCUUCUGGACCAACUCAUUCACCUGCUGACUAUUGGCCUCAAGAUCCUAAUGAGCAGAGUCCUACAAAUCAGGUGAAACAGAACGCUGUAGAAUGGUUUCAUCCAAAUGUUGACGAAGAUACACUCAAACCAGAAAAUGUUUCCCAAGAACCAGCUCGCCUAAAACAAGAGCCUGGAGUUCAUAUCAUAUCACACAAAGAUCCAUAUGGACCACCUCAAGACCACCAAGAUCAUUUCAAAUCUGAGUCAGAUGAACCUGAAAACGUGUUUCCUUCCCUGGACUCAAGCACUCAAAAUGCCUUCCCAACCACUAUGCAACAAGCUACCUACGCACAACCUAGUUUUGAUGAAAAAUACAUGUCAGAUGAUAGUAUAGAUAGUGCUGAAAGAGAAAAAGAGAAUUUGCAACCAACAAGGAUCCGAACACAGGAGAAUAAAAUUGUACCGAACACAAAGGCAGCAAACGUUAUGUCGACACCACCUCUUAUGGCUUAUGCUCAGACAGAUGGAUAUCAAAGCGAUGGGAGUAAUAUGUCUGAUGAUAGUAUUGAUGGCAGCAACCAGAGGGUGCCUUCCCCAAGAACGAAAAGGCGCUACAAGCGUGAGGAAUCAAGGGAGUCAGAUAGUCUUGAUGAACCUUCCGAUCAUGAGCCCGAGAACCGUAAGAGGGUAUCUUGGUCAUGCCCGGAAGAAAUCAAGGAGGCACCUUAUGAGGAGACAGAGGACAGUGGCAUCUACUCUACAAGCGUUAAAGCUGAUAACUUCUUCUCGGCUCCAAGCCAGUUCCAGGAUUCAGGAGGUGGUGGGUCGAGGAAUCCGGCUGUUGUCUUUACUGUUGAUGCAAACCCUGAUGCGCCGUCCAAGUUUGCCCGGAGGAAGAUGCAACCGCUCAAACCAAAACUUAGUGAUAAGCCGAUUGAAGAUGAUAGUAUCGUAUUUGGACAUCAUUUGGAUAGUGAUGACUCUAUUGGUAGCAGGAGGAGCAGCCGUUCAAGCUCGCGAGGAAGCCCAAGACGGAGCUUAGGCUCUAGCAGGGAUAGCUUGUUGAGUAAAGGUUCCACUAAAGGAUCAAGACAGAGCUUAGGCUCUAGCAGGGAUAGCUUGUUGAGCAAAGGUUCCACUAAAGGAUCAAGUCGAGAUAAUCUUACAUCAGCCUCAAGUAAGGAAAGCCUUAAUAAAGUUGUCCCCAAGAAGGACUAUCUCCGUAGAAAAGAAAAACCACGCUACUUGAAAAACAGAGCACCUGCGAACAGAAAAGCACCUGUUAAGAAAGCAUUGGAAAAACCAGGCAACCAGCUAAACAAUCGCUUAUCAGGCAGCACGGGGGAUUUAGUUGCACCAAAGUCCAACCUUCAAAGUGCCAAAAAACUAUCGUCAAGUCUGUCUGAUAUCUCUUGUCAGACUGAAGAUGGCCACACAAGUGAAAUUGGCAUUCAGGCCGAUCCGGACGAGAUCUUAGCUGCAUUCAGAGCAAUGAAGCGCUUCGAAUAUUCUGAAACAAGCCCUCCAAUGAAGGAUCUAACAGAGAAAAAGAAGGAAGUGGAAAAGUUGAAUAGGGAACCUGUUCAAAUUCGUAUUGAAUCUCCCAGUGACUUGGAGUCCGUUGGAUCUAGUGGAUUUUAUCAGGUCGAUGGCCAGGAACAAGCCCAGGAGAAGCUUGUCAAUGCAGACCAGAAUUUAUCAGAGUCUGAUUAUGAGAAUGAAGUUGGGAAAUAUGAACAAGAGCCUGUAGAGGAGGAUAUAGCACAUGAAGAGAAGAGGACCUCAGAGGAAGGCCACAUAGAUUUUUCACCUCUGGAUGAGUUGGACCGCAGUGGAAAUUUGCCAGAGUUUGUGGAUGAAGACUUGCUUGAGGAACAGAGGCAUGAGGCAAAGGAGAUUGAUAUUAGGAACAAUUUUGCAGAACUAGAUGAGAAAGAUGAUGCACACCAAUGGAAGCCAAUUGAUGAGUAUCUGGAAUUGGUUAAUGAGGACAAGAUGGAGCCAGAAGAAGUUGACAUUGCAGCGAGAGUUUCGGCGGAAUUGGAUGCGGUUGAUAAUGAUUCAGAACUAGAGUCAGUGGUUGAAGAUCUGCUUGAAGAAGAGAAGCGCGAGGUAGAGAAGAUUGAUAUUAGUAACAACUUUGCGGCACUUGAUGAGGUUGAUGCUGCACACCAAUGGAAGCCUGUCGAUGAGCAUCUGGAGUUUGUGAGUGAGGACAGAAGAGAGCCAGAAGAGGUUGAUAUUGCAGCAAGAGUUUGGGCAACUUUGGAUGAGAUUGAUGCUGAGUCAGAACUCAAGUCUGUGGAUGAAGAAAUACUCACAGAGGAAAUUAAAAAGCCUGAAGAAAAGGAUGUGAUGAAGAUUAUGAAUACAGUAGCUGAUGAGAUUUCAAGGGAGAUUGUGGAGGAUGCUGUCAUUGCUAGCAGUGCUCCGAAGAAGGAGAGCUCAAAUAUGGAGGAGUUCUUUGACAAUUUGAGUUCAGAUGAUGGGAAGGAGAAUGAUGCCCGGGAGCCAAUCAGAGCAAGGAUAGCAACAGAUAGGCAAGAUAAUGAUAUGCUAAUUGCCAGGGUUACACAAGUGCCUGAUAGACCAGAGAGCCCAAGGCCUCGGGGUGCAAUUGCUGAUAUUGAGAUUUCGAUUGAUUUUGACGAAGAGAGACGGAGGUAUGAUGACACAGAUAGCAGUGAGGAUGAGGAGGCAAGAGAGAGGGAGGUGGUCACAAUUGAUCCAGAUCUCACGACUGUCACGACGGAGAAUGUUCCUCAUAUUGAUGUGACUUUGGAACACUUGGGGGAUACACCGACAGAGACAGACUCUGACACAGCAACCCCUGCAAAACAAAUAUCAUAUAUCGAUGAUGUGGAAACUGGAGGUAGUGAUUCAUCAGAUGAUGAGGCUGAAUAUGUCGAGAGGGGAAACGAAUAUGCUUCCCCUUGGCCAGCAGAGGAGCAUCGAAGACUACCAAAGGAAAAGGAAUUCCAUUUGAAUGAGCAGCUGAAUUUGGUGGAGUUUGAAGAACAGCCUUUGGAGGAAACCCCUGCUUCUGAAACCAUUUUGGAGAAGGUACCCACAAAUAUGUCGGACGUUCUACUUAAUUUCGAUGACGCUAAGGGCAGUCCACCAGCUACACCUGCUGGGGAAGGUCUCUUGUCUGAAGACAUGAAAUGGGCUAUACUUAAUGAUAUCAAUGCGGAUGAUGAGGUUUCUCUUGUCAGUCAUGGGAAGCCAAUGGCAAGAGAGUUGCAGCCUGUUAACAAGGAGAGACAUAGGCAAGAGCAGCCAGAACCAGAUGUUCUACAUGACUGGAUCAGGCCACAAGAAUCUGCACCCAAACCUUUCGACCCAGAUAGGGACAGGUCACCUUUGAAGGAAAAUAUUUCUCCAGCCUGGACUCAUCAAAGGCGAGAUCCCCUGAAGGAAACCUACUCACCUAAGAAGGAAACUUGGUCACCGCUGAAGGAACCUGAAGAUAACUGGAUAAUAUUUCAACCAGAAAACAAAUCAAAAUCUGCAGAAACGCGGGCAACGCCUCCUCGAUCUGGAUCUCCUUUGCCACAGGACUAUGCUCAGUAUCGGAGCAAGAUUCCGGAAAACUUCAGGAAGUUUAUGGGAGAGGAAAAAGAGAUAGUUAUCAUCUCAAAGGAUGAAAAUCAAGUUGAACGAAAGAAACCGAUGGUUGUCAUUGAACAGACGAAACGGACAACAACAACAACGAUCGUGGAUGAACGAAAGAAGCAAACACGGUGGCCUUCUCCUCCUCCGGAUGAUUCGGAUCGAGAAAUUCUCAUCAAUUUUGCUCCAGCGGAUGAGGAGGAGAGAGCGAUACCGGUCAUGAAGGCAUACCCAGAUGUCAUCUACGGGACCCCUCAGGCCCCGAAGUCCAAGAGUACACUCAAUCAAAUAAGCAAGGAAAAGAAGCGGGGAUCAGAUAGCCCUGGUCAAGAGCGCCCUGUUGAGAGGAAGAAGCAACGUCGGAGGGCACCUGUGCCACAUUCGUUUAGCAGUGACUCAGAUGAUGAUUAUUCUAUUGAUACUCCAAAGCAGACCUUCUCCUCUGGGUGGACUGGUCGGGAGAAGAAGCACCCUGGGGUGUAUCGUGGGGAGUCAGAUCAGAGUGAACGUAGCACGACAAGCACGCUGGAUUUAGUUGAUGAAGAUAAAGCGAAGUGGAAUGCAGUAUUUGGAAAUGCAGAUGAGCAUGAUUAUAUUGAUGCAAAAACUAUACAACCACAGUAUGCAACGCAAGUAGAGAAAACUCCGAAACCAAAAAUGGGGCAAAUACGCCAAAACCCAGAUUACCAGCAGUAUCGCAACUCUAUGCACUUUGAUUUACCACCAACCAAAGACUCCAAGUAUAAACCUUUAGAAUUUCAGUUCGAUGUCAAGCCUAUGGUUAUUAUUGAUAAAACAGCUGAUAAAAACAAGGAAAACUUGCGCAGGAAUAAGGAAUUUGUAAUCAAUCCAAACAAUGUGAAAAACUCUGGUCCAAGUAAGGUUCCUGUUGAUCAAGUAGAUGGAGAGCCCUUUCGAUAUGAAUUACACUUCCACAACGAUGCAAGUUCAAUAGAUUCGGACCAUCUCAGUGAUGUUGAUGUCACAAAUUAUGUUGAUGGCAGGGUUGACCCCGACGACUACUUACAGAGCGACUCGACUCCUGACACUUACUACACAGGUGCACAGAAACCUACAGUUUACUACGUCGAGCACAACGGCGAUCCAACUGCUUUUCCACGGAUAUUCCGGCACCCGAUGACGGAUAUGGACAGCAGUAUGCUCUCAUCAGAAUCAUCAAGUCCCACGAACAGCCUGAGAGGGAAACGCUUAUGGACUGGAGUUGGGAAGUAUAGUCCGUCCGGAGCUCGUGCGACCCACGCUAUGAAAAUAUUCGUCCCUGACAAGCAAGAGAACGAGGAGGAACCUCAAAAGAUGGAGCCUGAAGAAAAUGAUAUCGGAUACGAAAAUGAAGAGCGUCGUUCUUCAAAAUCGUUGAUCCGUGCGUUUGAGAUGGAGAAACAAGACUACCAGCCUCCGAAGCGUGUCACCAAGACGGAGACUGAGAAGGAAACCAAGUCGGCCAUCUUUAUCGCUGAGCGGCAAGAUAUCGGUCUUCUACCUAAUCAAACCGGCAAUGAAAACUAUGUGACCACCAGCGAGGACGACUUUGUCAGAACUCAACAAAACGAAUCUGAUAUCCCAGAAUCCUUCAGUGAGGAAGAAGACCAAUCAUAUCACGUCGAAACAGACCAAUUGUUGAAUUUCUGGAAUGCCAAAAGUGGCGUAAGUUCCGGAUUACCGUCAGUGUCUGAACGUGAUCACAACGUCACAGUCCUCGGUUCAGACCAGAACACAUGCGCCGUCUGCGCCAAGAGGGUCUACGAGAUGGAGAAACUCAUCGCCAACCACGCAGUCUACCACAAGACGUGCUUCAAGUGCACAAAAUGCAAGAGGACUCUAGGGUCAUGCAGUGAUGAUUUUUACCUUGUCAAAUAUAAUAACGUUGGCAACUACUCUGUCAAUGAAGGCAACUUGUACUGCAAGCCUCAUUUUAUGGAACUCUUUAGGCUCAGAGGUCACUACGAAGAUCGUCACAAGGGACAGAGUAAAGAUACGUCCCCCGUAAACGGGACGGGAAAUGGCACAGUGAGCAUUGAUGAAGGAGGUGACGCCCCCCUGCCCGAAGUGAUUAGACCAAGUGAAGAUAACCGGGAGGAGGAAAUCCAGAGUCUGCCAAGUUUGAGGAACAUCAAAUCCAGAUUCGAAAACCGUGAUGAUGCGCCACAGAAGGAGGUUAAACAGCCUGGCAAAAUUAAAGUAGAAUGGGGUGCAAGUGAUAUGAGGCAGAAGGAAGUCUCGCCCUCCCCACCUCGGGAUCCAGAAAUUUUCAGAGAACAAAAAGUCCAAACACAGGAGGAGGUAUUGGUGAGCUAUGGCGGUCUCACAUCGAUCAAGUCUCGAUACCUGGAGUCUACUUCCCCCGUGGCCCCAGCCCAAGGUCCUCCCCCUCCAAAGGCCAUACCUCGCACCGAGGAACCAGUACAAAAGGCACCCUCUGUUUCCCCACCACGCGAGGUCGGCGUCAUACGAAGCGAUGAACCUAAGGACGAGACCGAGGAGCUACCCCCCCAGAAUAUUACCAAGGGCCUAUUGGCCAGAUUCCGGGAUAUGGAGAGCCAGUCCGGCAACCAGGCAAGUGCCCCAGCGCCUUACAACAAAAGGAAUGUGCAUGCCAAGUCUGCACCGGCCCCAGCUGCGCCAGCAUCCUCUGGCGACUGGGAACGCAUCGACCGAUCUGGGCAGGGAGAAAAAAGUAAAAGUUCUGAAAAAUUACGGAAGACAAGCAGAUCAGAUGUAAUGAAAGAUGUGCAUUCACCAACUGGGAUGGAAAGUCCUGUUGGGGACGAGAAUAGAAACAGGGACGAGGUUAAGGAAGAGUUUCCGUCUUCCCCGAUACACCUUCUGGCGUCCCGCUAUGGCACGUCAGUCCGUGCGUCACCAAAAUCUUCCUCACAACCUGCGCAAAAAAAGACGAGUAAGCCUAUCAAGACAACACCUGCCCCCAGGACCGACCUUAUCGAGGCCGACCUUGUACGCCCCGAGCAGCCUCCAGAGGCUGGGGAGUUUGAGAACCAGCCCCAGUUCCGCGAUGACGUCAUACGGGAGGACGACGAUAAUGAGACCGAGCACCUACCUGCUAGCGGCAACCUGAAAAGCCGACUCGCUGUCUUCAAGCAGAUGGAGGCAACUACUGGCAGCCAGACUUCAUCACCACCACCAUCUUUUGGUAACCAGUACAGCUCCCGACAGUCGCCAUCACGAGUAAAUGGCAACCCAGGUAAUUCCAACACUGGUGAGGUACUCCGAGAGGGCGAGGCGAAUCCCGAGGAAGAGUUACCCCAAGUGGGUGCCGCAAAAAGCAUGCGCGAGAAGUUUCAGUCCAUGCAACAAACGGAUGAUGCAUCUGCCAACAGUGGUGACAAAAAAGCUACCGCUAAGAGUAAACAACUAUUGAACAGUACAGUACAACCCAAGGGACAUAGAUUCACCCCACCCAGAGGGUCUCCUGAGAAACAACUACCGGAGGUAAGCAGUGCCGAACAACCACGUCUGGACAACGUCACUCGUUCUGAUGACCCACUAGAGGAGGAGCCUUUACCGACGCAGGAAAUCUUACAUACGUGUCUUAAUCGCUUCCGACAAAUGGAGGAGGAAGCGAAAAUCCAAAAGUCUCGCGAAUACUCACCGGGCCCUAGAAAGUCGUCAAUUGGGAAUUCCUUUGUCACAGAGUUUCAUGAAGGGCAGAAGUCAGCACCACUAAAACCGCCAAGGCAUGUCGCGUCAACUGGGGCAGAUCACACAGUUUAUAACCCUGCUGCGCCUGAGGGGGGUGAAUUUGAAAAUGAGCCUAUCGUUCGUGAUGAUGUAAUUCGGGAAUCUGAUAAUUUUGAAGUUCAGGAGUUACCUCAGCAAGGACAGGCUCGGAAAUUACGUGAACAAUAUCUUGCUAAGGCACAUUAAAUGGAAUAGUUCAGUAUCAAAUUGUAUAAAAAAACUUUGCUGGUGCUGUGUCCUUCCAUCCCUAAUUUCUCAAAAUGGACUUGCCCUUUCGCAGCUCUUGUUUACAACAGAAUGCACCAUUCUUGACAUUAGGGAUGAAGGGUUGACUGUUCUGUUGUAGUACUUAGCAUGGACUCCGCUUUCAUUUGGAGAAUGUUAACUCCUUGCCAGCUUUCGCUACAUGUAAGUUGUUACUCAAGUUUCUGCGUUCAUGGUUUCGAGAUUGCUGUAGGCCAGCACAUGUAUUUUAUUAUUUCUCAUUUAGGGUAAACAAUUUCGAAACGUUGGUGCAUGUCGCUUUGAAAAGUUUUUCCGUGCAAUUGUAAUGGAUAAACUACUAAAGGAAGGGGUAUUCGAGAAAUGACAUCUUGUAUAAUACAGAUCUCUUACAUUUAAUUACAGUAUAAAUAUACUAUUCUGAUUCUCUUUUAAAACUAGACAGAAAUAUGCACUAGAUCUGGAAAUGUUCUGUAUGGUUCCAGUUGCUCUUCUUAUAGUGAAUCAGAUUUAGUUGAAAUAGUUUACAUGUAAGGGCCAUCGCUUUGGGACUAUCAUAUCACAGGUCCACAUAUUUACUCUUCAACUGGCCAUUUUCACUUUAGUUUAUGAACAUUCAUGGACGUGUGAAUAUGCACACGCCACCGCAGUAUUGUAACCCUCGUCUGGCUGUGAGUCUUUAACUUGUGAUUGGAAUUCGUGCCUUUACGUCACCGAGCUCACAUAAAUAUUGCCUUGGGGUUGUUCCCUAUACUUGUUGUAUGCUUUCCCUCACAAUUUUUUCAUACUACACAGCAGUUUGAUCAACUUCUAAAGUUGACCCUCAAAGGGCACUGACUGAUGUUUCAAGGUCAAUGUCACUACUUUACUUGACCUUUCAAGGUUGUAAUCAAAAACUAUCUUUAGGUUUGAGGAUGAUUUGCAAUGUCAGACAGGAGUAGCAAGAGGGGCUGUUGAUGUAAACACAAUGUAAAUGUUAAAGCAAAGGUAGUUUAGUCAUCUUCUUGAACAGUUUAUUUCUGGAUGCAUUGAACAAUGGACAGAACAAGUUAGCAUUUUGAAUUACCUAGUACAUCAAAUAAUUUGUCUUGGGCAUGGACAUUACAUAUAGGCCAAAGGUCGGCAAUUAAUUAAUAGAACUAGUAAAGAUUCGUUAAGUGUCAAACUCUGGUGAACUGUGACCUAAUAGACAUUAUCUGCUGGUUAAUAAACUGUUCAAGACAAGAAAAUAAUGUACUUAUAUAUCGUGACCCUUGAUGUUUUGUCUUUUACACAAUUGUACGGUGCUAUAGAGAUGUAGGACCUCCAGCGUAAGUCACUCGUAACGAAAUGUGGGGAAGACUUGAGGGACAUUUCAGAUGUGAGGAAGACAGUUACUUCUUCUGACACUAAAUGCUUAAAAAGUUGUAAGAUUAAACCCAAAUGCUGGCCUUUUUGCUCUCUUAACUUAAUUGGUGACAUACUUGCACAGUGAAACAGGCACUUAGUUCAGCUCUUCAGAUAAAAACAUGUAAAUAAAUACCUAUGCAGGGUUAACUGUAGAAUACUAGAUACUAUAACUUCAUUACAUCUUGGAUGCUUUAACUGGAAGCUGUGUAGUGGUAAAUAAUGACCUGCGUUUAUCUUGACGAGAGGCUCGUCCAGAAUGGAUGCCAUCUUACUUUUAUAUUUUUCAAUUUCGUAUGAAUUAAUGCAUUGUAGAGCACCGCUUUUAUAGUGCACAACGAGAUGUUGUACCGGCUUACCAUAAAUUAUUGUAACAAACGUGAGAGAGGGAGAGGGAGACAAUUGAAAUGGUUGGCUUAACUGUUUUAAAGGUGUUAAUACUGUAUCACCCAAGUGUUUAGAUGUGGUAGUUCUGAAUUUUGUGAGGGAAGAAAACUUAAGCCUAUAACUAACCAAUUUACACUUUAUUUCAUCAAAAUUUAAGAAAGUGGAAUUUAAAAGUGAUGGGGUUCUGCACAAUAAGUAUACCUUCUGUUGAAACCCUUUGUGAAACCAGUCGUGGGAGGAAUUUGGUGUCAACGUUGCGAAUUUGAUUAACAUGUGCAGCUUGACAUCUGAAAACUGAUUUGUAGAAAUAUUUUGUUUUGUCAAUGUUGCAAUUUUGGAGCGUGAAUGCGAAUUGAUUGAAGUGGUCUUUUUCUUUCUGGGCAUCUCCUCACAUGAUCCUUGGUCAAAGGUCAUUCCCAUGAAUAUACAUGUGGUUAAAAGAGUGUGCGAUGGAGAUAAAAACUUCCACACGCUUUUCUUGAUUUAAUUGGCCAGCAAAAGGGAUGAUUGACAGCUGUCACGAGGGUCAAAUGUCACUUGAACUUGUACAAACUUGUAAGUUAUAUCAUCUUUAGGAAACUUAGUUUGCAUUUUUGGAAUCGCCCGAUGGGGAUAGGUAUGUGUAGUCUUAUUGAUAAAUAUGAAUAUUCAUUAUGCUAUUUAAUAUGUUAAUGAUAAGGUCUUUUUCAUAAUAUGGAGACAAUUCUGUAUAUUUAAUAUAUCACCGGAAUAUGAUUAAUCUCUGUAUCCAUACUGUAGACUGUGAAAUUUUUGUGAUGCCAAGUGUUAGCACAAACAUCCUUUUUCUAAAAAAUUUAUGUGAUCUUAUUUCCACUGAUACUAGGUGUAAUUCUUUAUGAGAAAGAAAGCAACUAUGUGAUGAUUUUUGCACACUCUAUUUUCACACUUUGAUGCCAGGUCGCGAAAAACGGCAAAAAUUUCAUGGUUUACAGGAGACCAUGUACAUAUGGAUAAGAGAAGAAGGUUCAAUGUUUUCACUUUACGUAUCACUGCUGAGUUUUCAGUACUUUUCCAUGUUUUUACUGUUUCAGUUCUGAUAAUAUGUAGUAUAAACCGGCGGCUUUGGGACAGGAAAUGAGACGUUUGCGUAGAGUCAAAAUUGAUGCCCCCUGCGAUUGCUACCAUGGUGUAGUUCCUUUUCACAGCAUACAUGUAUUUUAUCGGUAGGGCAUGUCAAAUCUGGCAACUCAAACUUGAAAAUAGACUGGCAUUUUAUUGGAUAUGAAUACUUGAAUUUUUGGAACCCGACGUUCAGCUGAAGCAUUUUUAUCGAUGUGACCUUUGGUUCGUGUCAAUAAAAGUCUGUAGCAGGGCCCAAUGUAACUUAUCACAGUGUUGUUGGCAAGUACGAGUUGCUGCCAGGCAUCGCAGGGGUUAAGACUAGAGUAGUAUGUCUCGUCUUAAACAUAAUUCUUUUUAAUCCCUUGGGGUCUUUUAUGGCUAGCCAACAAAACUGUUGAUCCAGUUUUUGUCUAUAAUCUGUCAGUGUAAAUUGUACCAGCAUCUAGUCAUAUUGAUGUACUAGGUUAUGAAAUAAAGACCUUCAUUGAAUUA